GAAAUAUCUAGCACUGCCUCGUUUUUUCCCUCACAUACAGUAUUACUUUUGAUCUGCCGCGGAUUCUGUUUGAUAGUGGCGCUUAAUCUGUAACUUACGUUCAUAUAAAGUGGAGUUGUUUGCUUGGUUGACUUAAUCUGCGAGGAGACUGUUGUGUUAUGGGUAUGAGCCAUUGCACCAUCCCUGAGCGUCGGCAGAAGCCUGAGAAGGACGCAAGGGUGUGCACUACGUUCUAAGAACGAGCGACUGGAUAUCCAGACACUUUGGAGAACGACAAGCAACGACGUGAAUUAUGUCUUACUAUAACCGAGAACUGGUGGUAUUUUUUAUCAAAUACAAACUCUCGCAGAGGAACUACCCUUACAACCACAUUGAAUUCACAGAAGAUACAAAUCGGACUGAUGCGGCAGAAGGGAAUGAUGAGGAGGAGGCAGCAGCAGGAACGACCACCCUCGUUAAUGGCUCUCUAAAUGGAACAAGUACUGGUUCCACUGGGACCCCACCGAGGUCUCCCACUUCAACCCCCCAGCGGCAGACGAAUGGGACUGGGGGUCUGGACGCGGUAAAGGAGGCGCUUCGCGAUUCUGCCAACGAGUUUGAGCUGCGUUAUUCCCAAGCGUUCAACGACCUGUCCUCGCAGCUCCACAUCACGCCCGCCACGGCGUACCAGAGCUUCGAGAGCGUGAUGGAUGAGGUGUUCCGCGACGGCGUCAACUGGGGCCGCAUCGUGGGACUGUUUGCCUUCGGAGGGGCUCUGUGCGUUGAGUGUGUGGAGAAGGAAAUGAGCCCGCUAGUGGGAAGCAUCGCAGAAUGGAUGACCGUCUACCUAGACAACAAAAUUCAGCCCUGGAUCCAGAGCCAAGGAGGAUGGGAACGCUUCGCAGAGAUCUUUGGAAAAGAUGCAGCAGCAGAGAGCAGAAAAUCACAAGAAAACUUCAAGAAGUGGUUGCUGGCGGGAAUGACCUUGCUCACGGGUGUCGUGGUCGGGUCACUCAUUGCACAGAAACGCCUGUGAGGAGCAGGAAAACUGAAGAUCCAGAUACACCCACUGCUUCGUUUAGACCUCCUGCUAACAUGAAGGAACUUCUAAAAUACUUUAGUUUUGGAUUUAUUUGUUUCCCUUUUUAUUGCCAAGAAAUUUAUGUUUACAUCCAACGUCCCAUCGAGUACUGUUGACUGAUUGGAGAGCAUCUGUGACGUAAUGUCACAAGAUCCAGACUGCAUGAGGGUGCUUUGCUUUUAGCUGAGUAGGAUCAAGCUAAGCCACAUCUCCUUAAACCCUGUUUAAUGCAAAGAGAAAACUAAAAAAAGUCUACGAAAAAUGACUAAAAAGAAAAACGUUUGACCAAACCUUGAUUAUUUGUGUCUGUAAUUAUUUUUGUUGUUAUAAAGAAUAAUUUUCAGCUUUA